AUGGAUGGCACUAUCAUCCUCACCGGUGCAACCGGCGGCCUGGGAAAGGAGCUAGUAAAGAAGCUACUGCGGCGCCCUCAGUCCUACACACUCAUCUUCCCCGGCCUCUACCAGAAAACGACCCAGGCAGCCGAUCUGCAGCGGAUUAUCAAUUCUCAUGGCAAAAGAAACCACGUAGCGAGCAUACCGGAAGUUAAUCUUGCCCGGUUCGAUGACAUCCGUGCUUUCGUCUCGGGUAUCAAUAAAACAGUGUCGGCCGGCACGAUACCCCCUAUUCGUGCGCUAGUCUUGAACGCAGCUCUAUGCUACGAUUUAAGCGGUAUCCGGCUCACAGACCAAACAGGAGAGAAGCAGCACCCGCCCUUCGAGAUGAAUUUCGCUGUCAACUUUCUUGCCAAUGUCCUCCUUUCACUCCGGCUCCUCCAGUCCAUGGACAAACAGCACGGCCGUAUCGUCUAUACAUCCAGCUGCACACAUGAUCCCCGUCGGCCAGAGAACGAGUAUUACAAGCCAGGCAAGCUCAAGUGGGACGUAGCUGAAUUGGCACAUCCAAACAUGCACAAUCUCGACAAAGACGGAGCUAUGGAGUCCAUGAGGCGAUACGGCGCCUCAAAACUAGCCCUGGUUACUUUUAUGCAUGCCUUGAGGAAACGUCUAGAUAAAACUCCAGACCUCAACAAUAUAAGCAUUGCAGGUGUCGACCCCGGCGCAGUGUUACACGACAACAUAGUGCAGAGGGCUUCAUGGACAAACCGAAACUUCACAUUCCCGUUGAUGCAGCUGUACACCCGAUGGCUGGCCCAGCACCUGUGGCCGAACGGGCUCUUCCGCACCGCCGAGAAGUCUGCACAAGACCUGCUGUCUGCAACGCUAGAUUCCAAGCACUCCUGGACACAUCCCACAGAAGCAUACUUUAACGGGAGUGAGCAAGCUCAGACAGCUGUAGAGGCAAAAGACGAAAAGAGGCAACAAGAGCUGUGGGGGUUGAGUUUGCAUUAUGUAGGUCUGGACGACGAAAGCCAGACAGCCCUAGCCUGA